AUGAGCGUGGCGGAGGUGGAGGAGCUCGUCUCCCAGAAAUACGAGAUCAAGAAGCGCCUGGGCAAGGGGGCCUACGGAAUUGUGUGGAAAGCAAUUGAUCGCAGGACAGGAGAAAUAGUUGCUGUCAAGAAGAUCUUUGAUGCUUUUAGGAACAGAACAGAUGCUCAGAGAACAUUCCGGGAAAUUAUGUUCCUGCAGGAAUUUGGAGAACAUCCGAAUAUCAUCAAGCUGCUUAAUGUCAUCCGAGCUCAGAAUGACAGGGAUAUUUACCUGGUUUUCGAAUCUAUGGAGACAGAUUUACAUGCUGUGAUCAAGAAAGGGAAUUUGCUGAAAGAUAUCCACAAGUGUUACAUCCUCUACCAACUCCUGAAGGCCACCAAAUUUAUCCACUCAGGGAAUGUCAUUCACCGGGACCAGAAGCCCUCAAAUAUCCUGCUGGAUGCAGACUGCUUUGUUAAGCUUUGCGAUUUUGGACUGGCUCGCUCCCUGUGUCAGAUCCAUGAGGACCAAGGCAGCCCUGCACUGACAGAGUAUGUGGCAACACGCUGGUACCGAGCCCCUGAGAUCCUGCUUUCCUCUCAUAGCUACACAAAGGGAGUGGACAUGUGGAGUAUUGGCUGUAUUCUCGGGGAGAUGCUGCUUGGAAAACCUCUUUUUCCUGGAACAUCCACAGUGAAUCAGAUAGAGCAGAUCUUGAGUGUCAUUCCUGCCCCAUCCCAGGAAGAUAUUUUAGCUAUCCAUUCAGACUACAGAGCCUCUGUUAUUAACCGCAUAAGCUCCAGACGACGAGUGACAAUUGAGGAAAUUUUACCCUCCUCUACCCCCCCUUAUGCCUUGGACCUUCUAAAGAGGCUUUUAGUAUUUAACCCUGAUAAACGGCUGACUGCAGAAAAGGCCCUGCAACAUCCCUAUGUGAAAAGGUUCCACUGCCCUGCCAAGGAGCCCUCUCUGGACUACGAUGUGAUUCUUCCUUUAGAUGACGAUAUCCAGCUGUCUGUGGCAGAAUAUCGGAAUAAACUGUAUGAGAUGAUUCUGGAAAGAAAGGCAAAUAACCGUCAACAGAAACAAAUCCAGAGAGAGAAUCUUCAACCAAGUCCAUCUCAGUUCAAACCAUCUCUUCCAAACACCAGCUCUGUGCCUUAUUCUACCAUCAGGGAUCAGAAAGAGCCAAGACCCACUCUUAUGAAAAGCUCACAUGUGCCUGCAGGGCCUACAAUACUUGGUGAAGUUUCCAGCCAGAGAGAGGGUUUAGCAGGAACUCUCUGCCAGAGACCUAAAAUCAACAUGCUUUACAACCCCAUAACGCACACCACUGUUCAGAAUAGUCUGGGUUCUGUUGUAAUGGCCAGGAACCAUUCAGCACCGCUCCCUCAGCAUCAGAGAACUUCCUCCAUCAAUAGGAAACAUGGGAGACAGAUCACAUGGAUGAAUAUGAAUGCUCAACCACCUGCAACGAGCAUACAGAAUCCCUAUAAUGAUCAGCAAGUGCCAAAAGAUCCUGACUCUCAAGGUCAGUCCGUAUCCAACCAGAGAUCGUUUUCACUAUCCAGUCAGGCACAGGAAGCUGCUAUCCACAAUCACCUGACCAGGAAGGACUCUCCCAUGAUGGUUGGGGUGACAGCAGCCAGUACCAGACUAAAUCCAAGGAACCCACAGUUUCCCAGCAGGGAUGCGCACCCUCUUCUGAAGUCCAGUAAAAAGAUGUUUCAGGUCACAGCAAAUAUGGGAGCUGCUGGAGAUCCCAAGGCAUCGAUGGGCAGUUACUCCCAGUCCUAUGGGACCAUCUGUAAAUCUGCACUCCAGAAUCUUCCAAUAUCAAAUUCCUGCCAACAGGCACCAGCAUUGAAUACGCACCAGCACUGA